GUUCUCUGCAUUCUCGUCGUUCUCGCUCCGUCGAUCGACGUCGCUCUCUCGCGUGGGAGGCAACAAUGCCGCACUGCCCCGUGGACGACAGCGGGACCGACAUCUUCUACCGGACCUACGGCGGCGGCCCUGUCAAAGUCCUCCUCAUCAUAGGGUUGGCCGGGACGCACGAUUCUUGGGGACCCCAGAUUCGAGGAUUGGCCGGCACCGACCGGCCCAACGACGAGGCUCUUGGGGGAGCCGGCGCUGGCGGUGGUGAUGGUGGGGUCGAGGUGUGCGCGUUCGACAAUCGUGGUGCGGGCCGGAGCUCCGUGCCCGCCGACAAGUCGGAGUACACGUGAGUCCGAUCGACGCAUACCGACAAAGAUUAUGGCGAAAGAUGCGAUUGCUGUACUCGAUCACCUGGGUUGGGAAAGAGCCCAUGUCAUUGGCCAUUCAAUGGGAGCUAUGAUCGCUUGCAAGUUGGCUGCCAUGGUGCCCAACAGAGUUUUAUCUUUAGGAUUGCUCAAUGUGACUGGUGGAGGUUAUGAAUGUUUCCCAAAGAUUGACCGGCGAACCAUCUCAAUUGCAAUCCGCUUCUUUAGGGCUAAAACUCCUGAACAAAGGGCUGCUGUUGAUUUGGAUACCCACUACUCAAAGGAAUAUCUUGAGGAAUAUGUUGGAUCUACCACCCGGAGGGAAGUACUCCACCAAGAAUAUGUAAAGAGUAUUACAUCAACAGGACUGCAGUCAAACUAUGGCUUUCAAGGUCAGAUAAAUGCUUGCUGGAAGCAUAGAAUGACAAGAACAGAGAUAGAAUUAAUCUGCUCGGCUGGAUUUCCUGUAUCUAUCAUUCAUGGAAGGCAUGACGUUGUUGCUCAAAUAUGCCAUGCAAGGAGUCUGGCAGAGAAAUUAAAGCCUGUUGCUAGAAUGAUAGAGCUUGAUGGAGGGCACCUAGUGAGUCAUGAGAGGACUAAAGAGGUUAAUCAAGCUCUUCUCGAGCUGAUCAAGGUAUCAGAAAUGAAGGUCGUCCAGCAUGAUUGGACUGACUUGCCUACCAAUAGCCCUGGAUUGCCAGAGACAAGUAUGCCUAUUACAAGAACACAUGCAGAGGGAGACUUACUUAUGUGUCUUGUUAAUGGCGUUAUCGAAAGGCUAAAUUUUUUCCUGUGGCACUUUUUUGGUUGGUUAAUGAUGGGAUUUGAGUCUGGAAGAAAGGCAAUGGAAUUCCUAAAGCCUAUCAAGGUCCAACCUGCCCUCACAUAUUCACAAAGCUAUUAAUGCGCAGGACCCUCUUUCUGACUGAGUUUCUUCCACCAGAGUAGAGUGGCUCCUGUAACAUGAUCCUACUGAAAAUACAAGAAUUUGACUAUGCAAUGAGACUGACAGAAGUGUCAAGCCCGUCCAGAGAGAAGCCAACUUUUAAGGCAGAUUUCUCUAGGAUAGGCAAAGAGGGAGACAAAUUUGAGAAUUGAGAACCCCUCCCUUUCAACACUAAAUUGUAUUUCAUUGGAGUAUCAGCAAAAUUUGUAACUAUUGACUAGAAAAACUAUGUUUCUUGAUAUCUUUAAUGAAUCGAUGCGGUUUCUUAAUAA